CCAGCUCAGAACCACAGCCUCCUAUCACAGCAGACCUGCCAGUGACACUUUGCAGACCACAUUAUUGCUGGCAUUGCUGUCCUCCAUGCAGUCUUCUUAGACAUCACAUUUUGCAUCUCUUCUUUUCCACCUGCUGCUAUAGCACUAUUGACUUUACAAAAUGACUUUUCUAAAAAGGGGAUGCUGCUGCAGGAUUUUUUACUAUUGCCUUCUGUGCUUUUUUACCCUGGUACCUAUUGCUACCUGCAAGACUAUACGAUAUAGGACUUAUGAAGAAGACGAUCCUGGGACAGUCAUAGGGACCUUAGCAGAAGAUAUGCACCUGAACCUACCUGGGGAGGGAAGUUUCCGUCUGAUGAAACAGUUUAACAGCUCUCUGAUCCGUGUCAGGGAGAGUGAUGGCCAGCUUAGCAUUGGGGAGAGGAUAGAUCGGGAGCAGAUCUGCAAGCAGUCCAUGACGUGUAACCUUGCCCUGGACGUGGUCAGCUUUUCUAAGGAGCAGUUCAAACUGAUCCAUGUGGAGGUGGAGGUGAAGGACAUCAAUGACAACAGCCCCCACUUCCCCAGCCCGGAGAUACCUGUGGAGGUGUCAGAGAGUGCUUCUGUAGGCACCAGGAUCCCCCUGGAGAUAGCAGUGGACGAGGAUGUAGGCUCCAAUUCUAUUCAGAGCUUCCAAAUCUCAGUCAACAGUCAUUUCAGCCUCGAUGUACAGACCAGGGUAGAUGGGGUUAAAUAUGCAGACCUGGUGCUGAUGAAAGAGCUGGAUAGGGAAAGUCAGUCUGCCUACACCUUGGAACUAGUGGCUAUGGAUGGAGGGAGCCCGUCCCGAUCUGGCAGUGCAAUGGUUAAUGUGCGUGUGUUGGACUUUAACGAUAACAACCCGAUCUUCGAGAGGAGUACCGUGACGGUGGAGUUGAUGGAGGAUGCCCCGGUAGGUUACCUGCUCCUGGACCUUAAUGCUGUGGACCCCGAUGAAGGAGUUAAUGGAGAAAUAGUAUAUGGCUUCAGCCCCCAGGUAUCUCAGGAGGUGCGCCAGCUCUUUAAGAUUGACCCCAAAUCUGGUCGCCUGACUCUUGAAGGUCAGGUUGACUUUGAGACCAAGCAGACCUAUGAGUUUGAUGUCCAAGCUCAGGACUUGGGUCCGAACCCAUUGACUGCUACCUGCAAGAUCAUAGUGCACGUCCUAGAUGUGAAUGACAAUGCUCCGGCCAUCAGCAUCACCCCAUUGACUUCUAUCAGCGCCGGGGUGGCGUACAUCACUGAGGCGGCCGCUAAGGACAGCUUUGUAGCGCUCAUCAGCACCACGGACAGGGACUCCGGUCAGAACGGACAGGUGCACUGCACCCUCUAUGGACAUGAGCACUUCAAGCUGCAGCAGGCGUAUGAGGAUAGCUUCAUGAUAGUCACCACCUCUCCUCUAGACAGGGAGAAGAUAGCCGAGUACAACCUGACGGUCAUGGCCGAGGACCUGGGCUCCCCACCCUUUAAGACCAUCAAGCAAUACACCAUCAGGGUGAGCGAUGAGAAUGACAAUGCCCCGGUGUUUGCCAAACCGGUUUACGAAGUGUCGGUCCUGGAGAAUAAUGCCCCGGGGGCUUAUAUAACUACAGUAGUGGCCAGGGACCCCGAUCUUGGUCACAAUGGCAAAGUCAUUUACAGACUGGCAGAAUCUGAAGUGAACGGGGCCCCGAUCUCCACUUAUGUGUCCUUGGACCCCGCAACCGGAGCCAUCUACGCGCUGAGGACCUUCAACUAUGAGAUCCUGAAGCAGCUGGACCUGAGGAUCCAGGCCAGUGAUGGGGGAGCCCCCCAGCUCACAAGUAGCUCCAUCAUCAAGGUCAAGAUCGUAGAUCAGAAUGACAAUGCCCCUGUUAUUGUUAACCCUGUGCUGUCCAAUGGCUCUGCAGAAGUGGUGAUACCAGCCAGAGCUCCCCAUGGCUUCCUGGUCACACAGAUCAAAGCCAAGGAUGCAGACGAGGGGGUUAAUGCUGACAUGUCCUUCAGCCUCUCAGAAGAGGGUCGCAGCCUGUUCACCAUCAACAAGGUGACCGGUGAGGUGUUCCUUACUGCAGAUGUCAGCGAUGACCUGGGGCAGGUGUUCAGGACAGUGGUCACAGUCACAGACCAUGGAAGACCCCCUCUGUCCACUACAGCCACUGUAAGCUUCCUGGUCACCACCGCCACCCCUCCGGCCAACCAUGAAGUCAUGCAGCCGAGUUCUUGGGAGGAGAAAGUUUCCCACUGGGACGUUCCUCUGAUCGUGAUCAUUGUCCUGGCCGGCAGCUGCACACUGCUCCUAGCGGCCAUCAUCACCAUUGCAACCACCUGCAACAAGCGGAGGAAAGAGAAUAAAGCCGGCAAGACUGAGAGAGACAUCUCGGAGCUGGAGAAGGGGGAGCAGGACGACGAGGAGCUCAUAGACAGCCAGAAGGGAAACCUGUUCGAUGCCAGACCCUUCCCCAAUGCCACCCCAUUUACCGGGACUGAGGCGCCGCCAGUGGUCACCCCGGAGGUGCCCAGUACGGACGAGAACUUCAGCACCUGCCUGUACGACACCCAGAAGAGGCUGCGGACCGCCGCCACCGAGAACUACACCCCGGCCCCCGGCUACGGCAAGGAAGCGGGACCCACGGUCACUGUGUGGAAGGGGCACUCCUUCAACACCAUCUCCAUCCGGGAAGCCGAGAAAUUCAGCGGCAAGGACAGCGGCAAAGGGGACAGCGACUUCAAUGACAGCGACUCCGACAUCAGCGGGGACGCCCUGAAGAAGGACCUCAUCAACCACAUGCAGACCGGGCUGUGGGCUUGUACUACAGAGUGCAAGAUCUUAGGUCAUUCUGACCGAUGCUGGAGUCCGUCAUGUGGAAGGCCACCAAAUGUCCAUCCCGCAGCCUUGCACACAGGCCAGCUCUCCGUCUCCAGCUUUGGCAAGAGCACCUCUCUCCCUCGAGACCCUCUGCAUAGAGAUAACUAUUACCAAUCAUCAGCUCAAGCACACAAAACAAGUGGACUCCAAUGUGUGUAUGAGAAGAUGCCACCCAAAGACUAUGAUAGCAGGACAAUUACCUUAAUUUCACCUCCGCGGUCUGGCAGGCUCCCUGAUCUGCAGGAGAUCAGCAUGCCUCUUUAUAAGUCUCCUGGCACGAGUAGAUAUGUGCCACCCCAAGACACCACCUGUGAACAGGAUGAACUUUAGUCUAACACAGAGGGACCUGUACAGCCUGUCAUAGACAGUCACAAUCUGUGUAAAUGGGUCUGCAGAACUCUAAGAGUUUUAAGUUAUUGACCAUAGUUAAAUAUUAAGGAUUCUUUAUUUAGGUACAAGAAGUCUUAAUGCACUUCAUUUGCCAUAGUUCAAGUGAUUUCUAUGGGUUAUUUAUUACAAAGUCUUCCAAUUAUAAAACUAGCGAGAAAUUAUUAUUAAAUGUUUAUGUAAUGAAUUUUAAAAAGACAAUGCAAGACCAGACAAAAUCAGAUGACGCGUUGUUAUAAGUUAUUGUAUACCGAAACACCUUGGCCUCCACUGUGAAAACCAAUGCAAAAAAAAAAAAGAUGGCGCUACGCAAAACAACCAAUCAGGUUUCAGCAUCUAUUGACUGGUUGGUGUUGGCAACAUCUGAAUUAUUUUUGCAUUAGAUUUUUAGAAAUGAGGUCAACGUUUUGUAAAUAUACCUCAAAUGAACUAUCUCUUCUUGAUGUGGUUACUUACACUGCCCCUACUCUGUUUUUUUCUGUUUGUUUGUUUUUUAAUUGGGAUGUUUCUAAGGGUGGGUUCGCACCACGAUUUUUCUAUACAGUUUUUGCAUACGUUUAAAAAAACAAACAAAAAAAAAAACGUAUGCCACCAUACAGCAAACCGUGGCCAUAGACUUUCCAUUCAAAACCGGAUGCACCAUAUUGUAUACGGUUGUCUCCGUUUUUCAAACCACACUUUUUUUUACUCUUUUCUGGACAGAAAACCGUGGCCUACCACAGGUGAAAAACCGUAUUGACCCGUAUAAGUUUUUUUUUUUUUUAACAUGGGAGUCAAUGAGAACCGUGCAGAAUUGUAUGUGCGUACGGUUCCAUCCAGUUUUCACCAUACAGUUUUUGACUUUCCACAUUUUUUUUCUUGGAAUUUCAAUCAAACAAGUGAAACUUUAUUCAUAAUGGAGUGAAAAGUUCAAAGCAUACGUUUUUUUUUUUCUUAAAAAACGGAUGCAACCGGACAUCAUUUUUCAAACCGUAUACGGAUAAAAAUUUGUACACACGUUUUGAUACAGUUUAGUUAGGUUUUGAGGAAUCCGUUUUUUUAUCAAAAACCUGAUACAGGAAUUGUAUAGCAAAAUCGUGGUGUGAACCUACCCUUAAACAUGUUGCAAGUUGCAAAAACUUUUACAGAACUAGUGUAAAAUGAAUAAAUAGAAUCUACUCCUAUUUCUUUGCUGCUCCCUUAAACUAUGCUGCACUAGUUUACCUUUUAAGGUAAAUACAACCACGAUUACUCACUGUAAAAAUGCACAUCCACCCCAGUUCCAUUACCUCCGAGACUUAGAAGUACUCAGUCACUGCAUUCCCAGUCUCUAGUAAUAAACAUUGACUAUACUUCUCACUACAGAUGGAAUUUAUUCUCUUGCAUUAAAUAAAAAAUAAAUAAAUGAAUUAUUUCCUAUUUCACAAGCCAUUGCACUUUUCUAAAUCUAGUGCAAGACCAUUUGCCUAUUUGGCAGCAAUCGAAAUCGGCAUCUUCAUCUUUGUAUAAAAAGAUCUAUACUCUUCACUUACUAAUACAAUCAGAUAUAUUAGUGUUAUGUCCGUUACAUUCUACAUGUUGUGACAAUACAAAAUUCCCAUAGCAUUAUGUAAGUGUACUUGUACCUGGAUAAACAGUGGCCAAUGUGUGUGUAUAUUUGUUAUAUACAUGCACACAUAUACUCAUUUUAACAAUGGGAGGAAUCUAUCAAAGUCUUACUCUGGAGGCGUAGAAUAAUUCAAACAAAUGAAACAUUUUCAAAUGCAUAAUAUUUUUUUAUUUAUUCAAUGGAAUUAUUUGUGCCGGCCAAGAGUAACUUUUGCAUAAGGGCAAAAUGUUGAUAAUUUCCCCCCAAUGUGCCUUAAAUCAAAGAAAUGGUGGGAUUACAUUCCUGUCAGGUCAAUAUUAUUUGAUAUUAGUAAACAAAUAUUGUUUGACGUUUGUGUAAUUUUUAUGAACUGUGCAGUAUUUCAUUUUUUUACUGUGUUUUUGCUCUGAUCUCACACAUGGCUUGCCAUUUGGUAGUGAAAAUUACAUGACUACUGUGUACUUGUAAUAAGUUUGUAAAUAGUUGGGAAAUUUUGUUCUAUUUUUAUAUAAAAAAAAAAAAAAAGUUUUCAAAAUUAUUGCCAAAGGAACUAUGUGUAUAAAUACAAUUCUAAACCUGUCACUUGAAAUGUAUAUGUUGCAAUGUACAUUUUUACGAUCCUUGAAAAUACUUGACCUGAAAAGUGUGAGUUGUAGAAUAUGCACCAGUGGACCAUAUACAGUGUUACUCCGUUUUUAUUUUAGCAAUUGAUGUCACCAUCAAACACAAUAAAGUAUUUGUGAAUUCUGUCAAGAA